UUUCAUCACCAAUCGAUAAGAAAUAUUUUUACACAUUAAUAUCAAUGAUUCCGACUGUUGGUUUUUACCAAUAUAUCAUUGAAAAAGUGGUAUAUGUCAAGUAUUGUCUGCCUACACGUCAUCAUCAUCUUCCAAAGGCUUUAAGCCUGUACUACCAUCGACCCUUUUCAGGACCACCCAGAUUUUCCAAAACAGUUAAAUUUCUAAACAUGUCCCAACUAAAAUUCAUAUCAAAAGUUUCUUUUCAGGGGCAAUCAUAGUCAUACUAAAUAAUAUAAACAGAGAGAGCUCCGCUCAAAUUCCUACUUUGACCACCAUAAUUUCUUUAACAUAAAAUGAUUGACCAAAAAAUAUGAAGAAACUUUCCCGAAGAUAGUAUACACCUAAAACUGACAGUUUGGGCGCAAACAUUUUUGUCUUCCUAAAUUCGAAUUUGGGACUAUUGUGCACUGCCCUCUGUUAACAAUUAACGGAACUAAGUGUACGUGUAAUUUCCUAUAGAUGUCACCAUAAAUACCAGCAGUGAUAUCUGAAAUAAAACUAACGCAUGAGCAUGAUAACAUGAUUAAUUAUUAACUCUCGUGGAAGGAGACGCCUGAAUUUAAGGUGGGCGCCCCGCUCAUAUGAACAUUCAGCGAGUUAUCAGCUCUAAAUUUACCGUGUCAACACUUAUUCAUUCCAAGAUAUUCAGCUAUAUCGAAUGGUUGACGAAACCAGUGAUGCAAAAUAUCAUGACACUCACGUGACACUCGUCUUCGCAUCAACCGACUAUCGCUGACAGAUCGUUUUGUCACGCAGUGAGAGUUAGAGCCAUGGCAAACAACAAUCACCAGUAAUGGUCGCUGCUCACAAGCAAAACGUUACACUCGCUGCUGAUGAUGAAAAGCACAACGAAAACAAUGAAGACUUCUGCAGUACGAUCAUGAGAAAAAGCGAAACGACAGAAGAAAAUGAAAACAAUGCCUACGCAUUCCAAGUUCGUCUCGGCAGGCGUGACUGUGUGAGUUACAAACAAAGCAGGCAACAUUAAACGGAAGCUGUUGGGCUCACUCACCAACACGCUCACAUAAGCAAGCAAAGCAGCAACUGCUUCAAAACGAGCACAGAUGAGUGUCGUGAUUGUCGGGAAUGACCAGAUCGGUGAUGGAUCACAACAGAAGACGACAUUCACCAGUUGCUUUUUACUUCUUUCGUCAACUUGAUGGAUGGUCAUGGAGAGAGCUUCGACGAGCACAUUGAUAGGAAUGUACAAAGCGUUACUACCAUCAGCUGUUUGACGAUCGUGAUUGUGAUAGGUCGCAACUCUGGACGAAACACAGUAUCAAUCAAAUGGGAUUAGUUGGAGUGACUCGUUCAAAAAAUCUUAAAGCUGAACAAGUAAUGUUUGGUACAGAUAUGACAAUUACAGGACUCCUGAACAUCUCUUGGCUGCACAGAUGUCACCCUAAUUAAUUACUUAAUACCAUCUCAUCAUCCACCGAGCUUUGACACUCUUACACGCCUUUCUGACACUUUCACAUUUGUGUACCAUUCAGAAUUUCUUUAGUUCCUUCAAUAUGCAGUCAGAUAGAGUUAUUUAUGCUAAGCAGUGUUGCCAGGAAUUCUGUUAAAAAUUUCCCCAUACUCAAUGCGGAAUAAUUUUUACAGCGAAAACGCACAGAUUUGCGGUCUUCAGCAAAGUUCUAUAUGAUUUACUCAAUCUUCAUUGCCAGUUUCGAUUAUAUUGCGCGAUGUAAGUUUAUUUUAUAUCGUAAUUAACAGUUUGUUAAAUUAAAAUUCAGGCGCAAAUCCAGAUCUAGAUUUAACUCUUCAAAGUUCAGACAGUUUUUAGAACCUUGUUGGCUCAGGCGUGAUACUUAUGAACAUGCCUCCUAGCAAGUUGUUUCUCAACUAAGCUGAACUCCAUCUACUAGACUAUAUAUAUCCACUUGAAGAUCUGCCGGACACAGCAGUAGGCAUCUACCUCAAUCUAUUCAAUUAACGCUAUUCUAAGUGAACAAAGCAUUCUGAAAUUGAGUGUAAAACUAUCUAAAAUUGCUUAAAAUAUGUUGCUCUAAAACAAGAAUUUGAGACAUGCAAUAACUACAGUUGAAGAUCACCCCAAGCAGACACUAAAUUGACUAAAUCACUCGAACUCCACUCAAUCGACGUUUUUAAUUUAAAAGCAAUCCACAGUCCAUUUUUUUCUUCAAUCAACCGGUUCUUGGUUCAAAUUUUUGCACAAGGGUCACAAUUGCACGCUAGUGCAUUUCCUUUCUCUACUGUCACCGAAUGUGGCACACUUUCCUUCUUUCGAAUUCUGGGAAUUCUUUCCGUGCUGGACCACUUUUGGAUUCCCUUUAAAUAUGACCCCGAAAAUGAAUGCCGCAUCAGUUGACUGGAAGUGCAGUCGCACCUUGGAAGACACAUUGUCAUCCUCAAAAUACCUACAGGUAAGUUUGGAAAUUCAACAGGCAUUUCAAUUGCGAUUGACCUAUAUAAUUUCAGGAUGAUCAAGCUUCGAUUGCUGAUGCCGAUUCUGGUGUUGAAUUCAAUUCAACCUGGCCGCACUAACAGUAGCACCCAGUGCUUGAUUUGGUGUAACUUUGGACCAGCCGUUCAAACUCCCGAUGGAUGCCUCUGUGGAAUCAAAAUGAACGGGCUGGAACGGGGGCCAUUUGACGCCUUCAUGGGAAUCCCAUUCGCAGAGCCUCCAGUUGGGCGGCUAAGGUUUUCUAACCCACUUCCAUUGGACCCCUGGGAGGGUUACCUCAACGUCAGCGCACCGAAACCAAUUUGCAUUCAAAAAUACGACUUCUAUCUGGGUGCAACUGUUCACGGUCAGGAGGAUUGCCUGUACUUGAAUGUCUACCGGCCAAAGUCCGCAAACGAUAAACCAUUACCGGUGAUGGUAUUCAUCCACGGAGGAGGCUACAUCGGUUUGAGUGCUCGUCCAUCGCUCUACGGGCCGGAGAAGUUCAUGGACAACCGAAAGGUCAUCCUGGUAACCAUUCAAUAUCGACUGGGAGCAUUAGGUUUCCUGUCGACCGAUGAUCGGUCGGCUCCGGGAAACUUUGGGCUCAAAGAUCAAGCAUUGGCACUCCAAUGGGUUCAACGCAGCAUCGGCAGCUUUGGCGGUGAUCCUCGAAAAGUUACCAUUUUUGGACAAGGUGCCGGAGCUUCCUCGGUGCAGUUUCAUAUGAUGAGCCCACUGAGCAAAGGGCUCUUUGCGAAGGCAAUCUCCCAAAGUGGGAGUGCAUUAUCUUACUGGAACGAGGCUUAUCCUGAUCAGCUAGGAUUGGCGCGACGACUAGCGCUUGCCACAGGAGUUGAUGAAGCUGAAAAUAUUAACUCGUGGCAGCUGGUCAAUGCACUACGGAAGGUAGAUGCCACACGACUCGUCAACAGCGUUGACGAACUUAAGAUUUGGCAUAACCAACCCAUCAUACUGUUUCGUCCGGUCGUGGAGAAAUACGUAGAUAAGGAAACGUUCUUGGAUGAGGAUCCUAAAGUUCUCUGGUCCAGAGGUCGCUACCAGAAAGUUCCAUGGAUGACGGGGUACCUCCCGGCUGAGGGAAUGGCACUGAUGCAGGCAAUUUAUACGAAUUCAACUCUUCUUCAGCAGUUGCUUGCAAAUCAGCAACAUCUUGUACCUCUAUUGACGGGAAUUCCACAAACGGUUGUGUCCGAUAGAUACUUCGGAGGGACACCAAUAAGUUCUGCAAAUGCAAUUGGAUUGACCCGGGUGGGUAUCGAAAUACCUUGAACAUUCAGAUUGAAUGAAUUUGUAUUUUUUACAGGUCAUUACCGAAGUGGGUUUUACUUUUCCCAUGAUGAUGGGUAUCCAUCAGCACUUGAAGAAAGUCCCACAAUCCGAAGCUCCCGUAAGUUUGUACUACUUCAACUUCAAAGGUCGCUACUCUUGCUCAGUAGUAGCGCCGUUGCUAACCAAUGCGUACAACAGUGAGGCUUGCCAUGCCGAAGAAUUGAUGUACCUGUUCCGUCAAUACCCGGAUUUUCCCAGUGAUUCACCCGAAGCAGCCAUGUCACGACUGCUGGUCAACGAAUUUGUCAAUUUUGCCUACAAAGGAAGGAUGACCGUUCCUGGAAGAAAGUGCAAACAUCCAGGACAGCAAAUCGAACUGGUCGAGUUUACCAACUCUGAUGGUCCCUCUGGAAUAAGUGUCGUGCACCGUGAACCAACGGACGAAGCAAUGAUUGCCCUAUGGGAAAUUCAUUGGUGGAACCAGUUGCUGCGUGAGGGAACUCAAGUUUCAGUUUAAUAAAAAUGACUUUAUUUCGAACAAAGCCACGGUGAAACCUCUGUCGACAACAUCCUAGCCGCAUUGUGGUCGAUGCACGUUCAGCAAACAAGUCACUUUGAGUUACCGCUCAUUGUGAACGCCCUUCCAUAAACGAGUUUACACGGGACGUUUAGCAUUACGUAAGGAUGCACAAUGCAAUCGUUUUUUUAAUAACACGUACCUACUCAAUCUCAUAUCCGAGAUAAGCUCGCAAAC